CAGCAACCAUCAAUCUGUUCUUCCACUUUCUUUUUCUUUCACAUACAUCUUCCAUUCUAGCUAUCCAAAACUCAACAUAUCUCUUGUGCAGCGUUCGAGCCCAAGUUGCCUCCAUCGACAAUGACAAUCACAUUUGAGGCUGAAUUCACCACGAAGGACGGUACCAAAUUGUACACAAAGUCCUGGAAGCCUGAUUCUGGAACCAUCUCUGCCGUCCUGAUCUUCCUUCAUGGCUUUUCUGACCACAUCAACGCGUACUACGAUCUCUUCCCGACCUUGAGCUCUGCCCCGUUCAACAUUGCAGUCUAUGGCUUCGACCAACGAGGCUGGGGACGAUCGGUUCACAAGACGAGCGACCACGGUCUCACGGGUCCGACCUCGCUCGUCCUGUCCGACAUUCACGAUUUCAUCCUCUACGUCGCCGCAAUCUUCGGAAAAGAAGAAAAGGAACCUGUCUCCCAACAAAAGCCCUUUUUCCUCAUGGGCCACAGCAUGGGCGGCAACGAGCUGCUCAGCUACCUGCUCUCCACCUCCCAGGCCUACUCGAACGACAACCGUCCUCCCAUCGCGGGCUGCUUGUUGGAGGCCCCUUACAUCGAGCUCGACCCCCUGGAGCAGCCCAGUGCCAUGACGGUGGUGGCGGGGAAGAUGGCGGCCUCGGUGAUGCCCCACAAGCAGCUCAAACGGCCCCUCAACGCGGCCUUUUUGUCGCGGUCGACCAAGGUCCAACAGGACUGGAUCGACGACCCGCUGUGCCACGACACGGGCACCCUCGAGGGCCUCAAAGGCCUGCUGCAACGGGCCGGCGACCUGUCGGCCCUCUCGCACGGCCGCAAGGUCGGCGGCUUGACCAACAAGCUCCCCUGCCCCGUCUGGAUGUCUCACGGGACCGCCGACAAGGUCACCUCGUUCCCCGCGGCCGAACGUCUCUUCAACGUCCUCGAGGCACCCCGCAGUGACAAGGUGUUCAGGUCCUACGGAGGUGGCUACCACAAACUUCACGCCGAGCCCGACGGUCUCGCAGAGCGGUUUGCAAACGACGCCGGAAGCUGGAUCUUGGGUCAAGCUAGGCGCUUUUCUCCAGACACAAAGGUCAGUGUUGCUUUUGAUUUUACGAGUCUUAUUGCUGUGCACGUGGCUCAUCAAAAUUCGCAGAACCCUAAAUUGUAGAAGAAGAACCAGUCGUUCAUCCAUUGAGAACUCCAGGUUGAUCCCGUGAAACACACACUCGGAUUCAUCUUUGCAUCUAUAUACUAUUGCUGCAUCAACAGCCGUAGAUGUAUAACUCUGUCUUGGUGAUUGGAUGCGCAUCAUAAAUACUUGUCCAACCCAUACCACACAGUUCGACCUCAGUCAGCAGCUAAUCCUUGGUGUUGCGAUCCGCAUCGGCCACAACAACAUCGACCACGUCCUUAUUGAGGCCUCUCCAGUGCUUCUUUGCCCAGAAAACCCACAGUCCAAGCGCGAUCAAUUGAACAAAAGCGUUGAUUGGCAAGGCAUAAUUCAUUCCUGAUGCAGUGACCGGGAGGAAGGAUGGGAAACAGAGAAAGACCAUGAUGUAUGCAGAGUAGAUAACUGCAAAUAUGUUGAUGUAAACUCCG